AUGUUGGAAGCGACCGUUCUGGGAUCAGCUUCGACUCCUGGCCAAUUGCUAUACUCUCGGAGCGAUGCCGGACCAAGUAGAGAGCCGUUGAGCAGGUUCCACUCCUUCUUCCAAGAUCAACAUCAACAUGAGUCUCACAGACCAUUAGGGAGAACUUUGCAGUCUAUCGAGAAUGAUGAUGAUGGGACAAACGAUGAGUGCUCGGAAGAGGAACUUGUAUGGUACGGGAAAUCAGUAGUAUGGAGUCGAGGAAAUGAAGUAUAUAGAAGAUAUACUUAUGAACAAGAAAAGGAGGAUGUAUCAAAAGCCGUAUUCGUUUGGUUCAAAUCCGGUGAUCAAAAUACACAAUCUUAUCACAAUAAAGGAAAACAACCUAUCAACAAACCCAACUCUCUGGAUGGUACUUUCGGUCCGUUCCAUACAUCUCAACAUGAAAAUUGGGGUAUACCUAGAUUAUCUCCUUCAUCUGGAUCAAAUCGACCUCGACUAGAGCGAACAUUACUUGUUUUUCUUCAAACUCGAGCCCAUGUCUAUUUCUUUUCUGGUGAAGAUGCUCUGAUCAAUCUGCCAUUCGUCAUUGAUGAUGCUUGGCCGAUAUCAGGAGGCGGUGUAAUGGUUCAACGAGCGUUAGAGAAGCGAGAGUUGAGGAAAUUGGGUCAAGACAAGAUAAGUUCAGGAAGUGUAUUGAGAGGUAUGAUGGAUCAAACUUCAAUGACAAUUUUAGAUGAUUUGAUAGAUCUAGAAGAUGAUAACGCACCUCCAGCUCCAAGAUUGUACACUCUUGGUAAUCCUUUUGAUGAGUUUAGGAUGGUAACGGAAGGGAAAGUCGAAGAUGGUUAUGGUGAAAAACAAGGAAGAAUAAUAUCUCAAAUUCAUUCCAUCAGCUGCUCUUCAUCUAUCUUACAUAUUUCUCCGGGUCCAUAUCCCUUCAUCAUUGUCUAUGAUUGUCAAUCAAAUGAAAUCGUGUUUUACCGCCAGACUAAAAUUCCGGAUCUACCUGAUCUACCUGAUCAACCAGUUCUCCCCUUCAACCCGCGUACUGCGAAACCCGAAGAUAUCCUUCGUCCACCUGAACCCCCGAUACCUCAGGUUCCACCUCGUCCAGGACGACCCUCACUCCAUCGCAACAUGUCCUCAUUUGGACCCACGACAGAUAGGCGACUAUCCGGAAUUUCAGAUCCACUUGAUCGCACUCAGCGUAGAGCUCCUCGAAUGUCUCGUGGAUUAGCUCAAGAGCCUCCCAUACCUACCGAUGAUCUCCAAGCUGCUCUGGAUCCCAUACCUUCCAUUCCUCCCGCCACUACAACAAAAAGAAAAAGUAGAGGUAUGUCCGUUCUGUCCACCGUCACAAGUGUGCAGGAUGCGCAUAGAAGGACAUCAGGCUCCAAUACAUCAUUCAUGAUUCAUGACUUACACGACAAGCAGGGCAAGAUGGGUUUACAAGCUGUUGCAGAUCUAGAUCUCAGGGAAACAACUAUGAUGAUGGGUCUCGAAAGGGAUGAAGUAGGAAAGAGGAGUGAUAUCGUACUGAGCAGAAUAUGGUCUUGGAAAGUUCCCAAUGCGGUGGAAGUAGAGGACAUCUCAGUAUUUCUUAGUGACGACCAUUCUCCAUCUUCGGUCACAAUCAAUAUACAUGUCAUCCACUCACAGCACGGUUCUCGGCUUUAUCGUUUCGACGCUCGACUACGCUCAACGCAUUAUCCUGAUUACGCUAUCACACCUGCAUCCGUCAUAGAUUGCCUAUCUGCAAUUCCCGUCAUCAGUACACGUCAUAGGAUCCGUGACAUCUUGAUCUUAUCACCCACUGGAUCCUUAUCGCUGCUCACCAGUGGUGGCAGACCGAUCGCAUUUAAAAUUCCGUCCGAUACUACAGAAGGGCACGAAGACGUCACCAGAAAACUAGCGGCGAGCUUGAGAGUCGCCAGCGAAGGGAGACACGGUCGAAUGAACACGGAAAGGAAGAUUGUCAAGCUUAUUGACGCUAUUGGACCCAGAUUCACUGUCAUUUUUGAAGACGGAGAAUCAGUUCGAGUUUCAGCAGAUCUCCUCAUCAAGCAUCAAUUGACAAAGCAGUGCAUAGAAGCUUUAUCCUGCGUUCUUCCCGCCCAAGAAUUCUUCUACUUUAAGAGAGAAUUCUUGGCUACGUUACAAACACUACCUAAUUCACUUCGAAACGCAAGACCUGAGACUUGGAAAGUAUUCGCAAAUACCGUCCGAAAUAUGUUACAAAUCGAUGUCGAACCGCCGGCGAAGACGCCGUUCGAAGCGGUUUUGACAAACGGUCAAUCAUCUUCGGAUCCAAUCGCUCGUCGCUUGGCUCAGCGGUUAUGUCAACAACGUUCAACUUCUUCUCAUCUGACCGGAGCUCAGCUUAUAUGCGGCGAAACACUGCGAACAUCAGACGCUGCCCCUGUCUUACUCGCAUUACAUCUUGUAGCUCAAGAUCUGCGUCUUGUUUCCACUCGCAGUAGUGAGAUCGAAGAUCUCGUCAAGUUGAUUUCGGAUCUGGCAAGUGAAAUUGGCAGAGGGGACUGGAAAGACUACUGGUUCAGAAUUCUACCUCUAGAGAUGACGCAUAUAAAGUCUACUCAAGAAGUCAAAUAUGAUACCAGUCUUUUGGAUCGAUUCGAUGCACCUCCCGAUAUCCUUACAUAUCUGUCUCGUCAACUGGUGACUCGCACCAAACCUUUCCCAUCCUUCUCAUCCCUACCGCUAUUAUUCAAUCAAAUAUCGGAGUUAGGUCUUGUCAAUCCAUGCCGACAGACCGAACUCUUAACCUCCAUCUACUCCUAUUUCUCAGCUGAUGAAACCAUUUCUACGAAAGCGGCAAGAAUUGUGAGAUACAUCGUACAGGCGGGACUGGAUGACAAAUGGAUCUCUGAUUUGCCCUACGGAAUUGCCUUGCCCAUCUGGGAAAUGAUACGGGUUUGUCAGUAUAACCCACCUAGAAAUUGGAACGCGAGGAUGUACGAGAUGGUUGGAAGAUGGGAUCUAGGUAUCAGGGCGAUUGGAGGUGAAACAAAGAACAUAAGAGAUGACUCAACGCUCGAUCUUGGACCAGAACGGAUUCCAACCAUCAAAGAGCUCAUGUGCUCUGAUGAGGAGACGACGAAUAAGAAGAAAUCUCAUCAGCCUACACUGCCGCAUGUUCGAUUUGGAUCGGAUCGACGUGUACAAGAAGUCGAGCGGAUCAUGCAAACUACCAGGGUCAGGACACUCUCGAUCCAAGAUCCGAAAGGCGCAUCAGAAGCGGAUAUUGUGAGGUAUCACCAAACUGUUGUCAACACCAUUGCCAAUAGGACUUUAUCUAUUCCUGUCGGGCAAGGAAUGUUCGAGUUCGGAACUCGAUCAACCAAUAUUACUGAUAUCUGGAACAUCCCUCUGAUCGAGCUGUCCGUCAAAGUCGGUCCCGGUAAACCAUUACUCAAAGCUGAAAUUGUAUCUGACAGCGCAGAAUGGCCAUGCUUCCAUAACGGUGUCGCGGCAGGUUUAGCUAUUUCACCGGAAUGUAAAGGAAUCGAUAGUUCUUGGAUCGUUUUCAACAGACCUAACGUCCUUAAUGCGGAACAUGGUGGUUUCCUUCUCGGUCUAGGUCUGACAGGUCAUCUCAAGUCUCUAACGACAUACCACGCGUAUCCACUCAUGGAACCAAGACAUGAUUUCACGUCUGUUGGUUUACUAUUAGGUCUGGCGUGUUCUUAUGCUGGAAGUGAGGAUCUCUUGGUCACCAAGGUCCUCUCCCUACACACGCACGCACUCCUACCUAUGGGUUCAAUGGAAUUGAAUGCUUCACCGAUAAUCCAAUCUUCAGCUCUCGUGGGUCUUGGUCUGGUCUAUGCUGGGAGUAAGAACCUACGUAUGGCGGAAGUAGCCCUCAAUGAGGUUGGUAGAAAAGAAAUGGUCAACGUGGACGGAUUUGCGGACUAUCAGGAAUCGUAUUCAUUUUCCGCUGCUAUGGCAUUUGGACUGAUCAUGCUUGGUCGAGGAGGAAAGACUACCUCGGAAGUAGAUCGUAGAAUGCUUACACAACUCAGAAGGUGUAUCAUCGGUGAUAUCUCGGUUACUCAGGCGUCAAAGAACCGAAAUACCGCUUCGAAUAUCGACAAUAACCUUACCGGUCCAGGAGCGACUCUCGCUUUGGGUCUCAUGUAUCUCAAGACUGGUAGAAAGGACAUUGCUGAUAUGAUCUCAAUCCCCCAAACCACGUUUGAUCUCGAUCAAGUACGACCCGACCUACUUCUCCUCCGGAUAUUCGCAAGAUCAUUGAUUCUGUGGGAUGAAAUCACUCCUACUAUGGGAUGGAUCGAGGAUCAGCUUCCAUCAUUCAUACGAUCCGCGAAUAAAGGCCAUAAAAGAAAUAACAAUAUGGAGUUGGCUACUGAAUUGGCAUAUCUCAACAUUGUUUCAGGAGCGUGUUUUGCUAUUGGUAUCAAAUAUGCUGGAACCGCAACAGAACUCGCACAUAACAAUCUCAUGACUUUCUUCGGGGUUUUAUCAAGGGCUGCUACUGGACAAAGCAUGACUUACGAAGGAAGAAUAAGACGCACAGCUGCUAGACAAGGAUUGAAUGUGGUCACUUUAGCUUUGGCGAUGGUGAUGUCUGGUACAGGGGAAUUGAGUGUAUUGAGAAGAUUAAGAGUAUCGCAUGGACAAGAAGGUGCAGGUGUGACAUACGGCAGUCAUAUGGCCAUGCAUAUGGCAUUGGGGAUGUUGUUCUUAGGAAGAGGUCAUUAUACACUCGGUAAUUCAAACUUGGCAAUAGCGGUAAUGAGUAUAUCAUUCUUCCCAAGAUUCCUAAAUUCACCAGGUGAUAACAAAUCUUACCCUCAAGCCUUUAGACAUUUAUGGGCAUUGGCGGUUGAACCUCGAUGUUUAAUUGCGAAAGAUAUAGAUACGUUGGAAACUGUCUAUUUACCUGUCAAACUUCGAUUGAAAGAAAAUACCAUCAUACGUCAACAGAGUUUGAUUUCACCCACCUUGAUAUCACCUUUCGAAAACAUAGUGUCAAUAGAAGUUGAUUCACCUAGAUAUUGGCCUAUAACUUAUGAUUUAUCAAACACGAAUUCUCAAGAUAAGUGGAAUUUGAUUAAGACUAGGACUAUUUACGUUAAAAGAAAAUUAGGCUUCUUAGAUUACAAUUCAGAUCCGAAAGGAAAUAGAAGUAUUUUCGUCAGAGCAGGUUCGAUGACUGGAAUUGAUCUACAUUAUGAUUUAAUAUCACAUUCUUCACCUCCCACAAUCAAUUCCUUGGAAGCUCAGAAUCUGAUCAAAGCUCAUUCAGGUCAAUCGAAUUUAAUCUCCUUGUCAAAGUUGUUCAAUCAUCAUUCAAAUCAAUUAGAUGAAUUCAUAAGGACAAUAUCAUUGGAAUGUCUUUCAUUAGAUAAACCACAUUUAAUAUCGAUCUAUUUAUCAAUGUUCAUGACUUUGAAGAAAGAUGGUUCGAUAGAAGAUUUGAAUCAACUUGGGUUUAUGAAAUCGUUUUAUUCGGAUAUAUACGACAAAACGUUUGCAAGUUCAGGAUCAGGAUCAGGAUCAGGAUCAUCAAGUAAUGCGGAAAAACGUUUCGCGUUGAUACGGCCCAGUUUCGUCUCCUCAUUAUUGAGAUCACUUACGUCCACAUCUUCCGAAAAUGAAGAGUCAAUCAUCGCAAGCUAUCUGACCGAGGACUCAACACCCUCUUCUGAGGAAAUUGGGAACAAAGAUGGGAAAAGUCUGUCAAGAUGGAUACUGAAAAAUCGUGUUCCUCCUCUUCCAUUGCUGCAACUUAUGAGGAACAAAGUGCGACAAAGUGCGAUCGACCGCGAUGUUCUGGAGCUGAAGAUUAGAGACGUCGCGGAGGUAUAUAGGAGGCGGAUCGAGGGUGGAUACGAUGAAGAUCAGGGGAUCAACUUGGGUCAAGGAGGAUGGAAGGUGGAGAGUGUAAGACAGGCAAUCAAACUAUGGACCGAGUAG